AUGAAUGAAUAAAGUAUUACAGCAUAGCAAUCAUUAAGUAAAUCAAAUUCAGAUAAUCAAGUUAAUAUUGAAUAAUAAAAAGAUUUCAAAGAAUAUUCAUACAGAUGGUCGAUUGUUAUAAUGUUUUGUUUAGUCAACAUGAUGAAUUCUAUAUAAUCAAUAACUUUUUCUCCUAUUUCAUCUUAGGUAGAAUAAGCAUAUAAUACAUCGAAAUUUAUUGUAUCCAUGACAUCACUUGUAACGAUGCUUUGCUACAUUAUAUUUAAUUUUCCUUCAAAUUACAUAUUAUCUCAUAAAGGCUUAAAGAUUGGAAUAUUUGUAGGUAUAUUUUUUACUAUCUUAGGCUCAUGGAUAAGGCUAUUUAUUAACAAUAACUUUGGGUGGGCUAUUCUAGGGUAAGUAUUUGCAGGCAUUGCUUAACCAUUUAUUUUGAAUGCUCCCACAUAAAUUGCUGCUGUUUGGUUUAAGCCUUAUCAAAGAUAAUUGGCUACCUCAAUUUUAUGUUUAGUCAGUGUUAUUGGAGUUGGGAUAGGAUUUUUGUUUUCUUCAUUUAUAGUUAAUCCUUCUUAUACAGAUGAUACGAAAUAGGAAAUAUAUAAUUUAAUGCUUUUUCAAGCAAUUACAAUUACAGCAUGCUGCAUCCCUUCGCUAUUUUUUUUUAAAGAAAAACCACCUACACCGCCAAGCCUGUCAGCUAGCUUUUAAAAGACCGAAUUUUGGAUAUCCUUGAGUACACUAUUUAGGAAUAAACAUUUUUUAUUCACCUGUAUUUACUUUGGCUGUAUACUAGGUAAUUUUAACUCAGUUUCAGCCUUAAUAAAUUUCUAUCUUAAAAAUUUUAACUUCUCUACAAAUGAAACAAGCUACCUAGGAGGAGCUUUUAUUUUAUCAGGCAUCAUAGGUUCGGCAAUAAUUACAAGAAUGGUUGAAAAAAACAAUAAAUAUAAAAAAUAUAUAAUCAUAUCUUCAAUAUUAUCUUUAUUUUCUUACACUUUCGUGUCCGCCGUUUUGAUUAUAGAGAGUUUUAUUGUAUAGCUCUUAGGAUUUUUUUUAUAUGGAUUCUUCUCUACUCCAUUAAUCCCUCUUACUCUUGAAUUUGGGUGCGAAAUAACUUUCCCUAUUUCAGAAUCAACAAGUUCAGGACUUAUUUAUAUGUCAGGAUAAUUAUUCGGAAUACUCUAGAUUAUCCUUUCCGCUGAAGCUAUUUAAAUAGAAAGUUAAAAAAAUGUUUUAAUUUGUUUAAGUUUAGGUUUUUUUUUAUAGCUAUUUGGUCUAGUAUUUAUUGUAUAAGUUGAAGAAAAUUUAAAAAGGAAAAACCAAGAAUAAUUACAACUUUAAAAAUAAACCGAGUAAAUUUAAGAAUUAUCUGAAGUAAUUGAAAGCUAAUUAAAAAAUUAAAGUUUUAUGUCAUUUUUGAAAUAAAAAAAUCCUUUUAUCAUUCAUUCUAAUUCGAAGAGUUGA